GAAUAAGAGGUGUUAUCGUAGCAUUGCGUCAUCAGUUGAAGCAGACAGACAUUUUUUUUCCACUUUGAUGGUAAAUUAAAACAGAUUUUAUUUGUUACAAGACCAUCUUCAGUCACAGUCCUGUUGAUCAUUUUGACCUUAAAGUUGGGCGGUUUUGAAAGAAGAGCCUUGGGAUCGAAUGUGGUUGAGUAAACGUUUUCUUUGCUAAGACUAACAAAAAAUGUUAACAUAAACUGGUAAAAAAUUCAGCUUGCAAAGAGCUUCUCACAUCUGGAUUUGAUUCAAUUAAAACUUAGUCAAAUAUACACAGCUGAUGUCAACAUGGAAGGGUUAAAAAUAUUUUGCCUAAAUUACUUUUUCAGUUUAUGCAUUUACUAGUUCACAAGAUGAGGUGUAUAAUUUUGUUAACUGUGGUUGCUGUAGCGCUCGGACAAGUGUGCCAAGAUAAAAAUCCACGAUAUUGUUAUCGAAAGAGUUAUUGCAGCCGAAAUUAUAUGAAAAUCUACUGUGCAAAGUUUUGUGGCUUCUGUGAUGAUAGUGGCACGGGAGGAACUGGCACAGGAGGAGGUACACAAAAUGUAAAAGAUGAAUGUCUUAACGCCCAUAAUAACUACAGACGAAAGCAUCGUGAUACACCAGAUCUAGUUUGGGAUGCUCAACUAGCAAAAGGUGCUGAAGAUUAUGCCAAGGAACUUUUGAGGCGUGGUGGACUUAGCCACUCAAAGGGAAACUAUGGGGAGAAUCUUUACCAAUCAUAUGGAUAUGGAAGUUCUGGUGCUUGCAAAGCAGCUUCCGAUUCAUGGUAUGACGAGAUAAAGUUGUACGACUUCAACAAACCUGGAUACAAAAAAGGGAUCGGUCAUUUUACCCAAAUGGUUUGGAAAUCAUCCACCAAAUUAGGUGUGGGAGUGGCGUCGAAGGGUAGAACAGUUGUUGUGGUGGCUAGAUACACUCCGCAAGGAAACUUUUUAAGAAGAUUCGAACAGAAUGUCAUGAGACUAAAAUAAACGUCAAAGAAAAUCACAAAAACCGCCUUGUAAAAUUUUUAACUUAGAAAUGAAAAAUUUAAAGUA